AAGGAACAAAUAACUAUUGGUUAUUGUGGCGGGGUGCUAUCGCCAAAUGAAAGUAAAUUCCCUAUAUAAAGGGUUGUUUCAGCGAAUAUCGGCAGAACAGAUUUAACUCAACGAACGAGUAAACAGUGCUUGGUCGACAUGAAGGUUUUGAUUUGCUUGAUGGUUGUCGCUGCGGUCUUCGCAGAGGAAGACAAAAAUGUUAAAAAACGGGGUCUUUUUGGUUUGGACCUCGGCUACGGAGAAUACGGUCACGGUUACGAUCACGGAUACUUAGGACAUGAUUUGGGACACCAUGAUCAUCACACUGUUCAUGUUAAAACUAUUGCUGUUCCAUACCCAGUGCCUAAACCUUACCCAGUUCAUGUUGACCGUCCCUACCCCGUCAAGGUCCCAGUUGCUGUACCUAAACCAGUACCAGUUGCUGUACCAGUUCCCCAGCCAUACCCAGUAAUCAAAACCAAAACUGUUACUGUUCCCGUCGACCGACCUUACCCAGUACAUGUUAAGGUUCCAGUACCUGCACCCUACCCCGUAAAAGUACCUGAACCCCAUCCAGUACCAGUUGCUGUUCCUCACCCAGUUUACAUCAAAGAAAAGGUUCCCGUCUACAUCAAGAGCUACGACCACGGACAUGAUUUGGGACAUAGUUACGGACACGGUUACGGACAUGGUUACGGACACGGUUUCGGUCAUGGAUACGGACACUUUUACUAAUAAUUUAAUUAUUCAGUAAUUAAGUUAAAUAAAGAUCUAGCGUCGAAUCAACUCUAUUAAAAAAUACCUAUCUCCUAUCUUUACAAUCCUUACAGUAUUUUUCAAAGUUUAACUUUAAUAAUCAUAAUAAAUAAUAAUAGUAAUUAUAAUUAUGAUAGUAACAUCUGAGACCAAAUCGUCAGCUUGUAUAAGCAUCCGACUUAUUGAUAAAGAUAUACAUAUUAUUGUGAAAAUACAUGUGACCUAGCAAAAUGAAAAUACUCUAACGUUUGUGUUCAAACUAUUUGUAAAUCUUAGCGAAUUGAUUAAUAAAUUCA